AUGCCUGCAAUCGUUUCACGGCAAUUCAUGCAUAGCCUGAGGCAGUUGCUUCGUUGGCUUGAAGCCGGCCAGGCGGAAGGCGCCGCGAUGCCAACAGAAGGAGUGGACGAGCAGGAUCGGCCAGACCAGGAGGAGGAAGAGGAGGACAGCGAGGAGGAGAUGCCGCCUCUGAUCGACCACGAGGGACGUCGCCAUGCCACACAAAGGGGGAAGCCGCCCUUUAAGGUCUUGGACUACGUGGUGCGGAUUGAGUGGCAGAAGCGAGGCUAUCCGCACGCUCACAUUCUAUUGUGGGCAGAUGUGCCGGAUGUGGCUGGCCAGCAUCGUCCGGAGGAGGAGGAGGAAUCAGAAGUGGAUUGGUCCGACGAUGAGAUCCGCCAGCACACCGUGCCAGCAUCCGCGGAAGACCUCAGUGACAAGUACAUCUGCGCUAAGUCACCCAACCGGUGGAAGCACGAUGAGAAGGUGAAGCCAAAGGACCGUGAAAUGAAUGCAAAGCUGGCCACCAUGGUCGUUCGCAAUUGCAGCUCUUACUGCGGGAAGUUCACCAUAGGUGCUUGCCGGUUCGGCUUCCCAAGGGCGCCAGAGAAGCAGGCCAGGAGGAGGAAUGCCCAAGAGCAGUUUGCUAGCCGAUGGAAGUCCACCUUGGCAGCGCGGAGGCACGAGGACGACGGCUUCAUGUGCCAAUACAACAUGGAGAUUCUUCGGCAUUGGCGGGCGAGCAUGGACCUGCAAGUCAUCUGUGAGCUAAGCUGCGCCAGCAGGUACAUCCUCGGCUAUUGCUUCAAGUCGGAAGAGGACGCGAUGGCCAGGAAGAGGGUGGACGACAUCAUGCAGGGCUUCUUGCAAGAUGCUGGUCGGGUCGACCUCACCACCCACCAAGUCUACAAGGCGGCGCACGCUGCAAUGCAAGGCCGCACUACUUCUACCUUUGAAGCUGCGCAUUUGGUUCUUGGCUUUCCCACUGUCUUCUUUUCUCGGGACAAUGAUUGGGUGCAAGUUGGGCCACCCAGCACCUGGACCUUGUCUGUGCCUCACCAUGAAGAAGCAGAGGCCUUGGAAGACCCAGCGGCCUACAAAGCCAGGAAGACCGAGUCUGGAGGCACCUUGCCCAAGGCCCAUUGGUGGUACGGCCAAUUGCAGCAACAUUUUGCAGACGAGGUGACCGAAAUCCCCAUUGAGGGCAAGCCGCCCACCAAGACAGCCUGGCGCAACAUCCCCUUCUUCGACUUCGUGGCUGGCUUUCGCAUGGGCAAGAUUCCGACCGGGCAGCAGGCAUCCUUGCCACAGCCAAGGCAGCGACCAGCAGUGGUCGGCCACAGGUCCUUUAGCCCGGACAAGGAGCCCGAGGAGUUCUACUAUUCGAAGCUGCUCUUGCACAUGGUCUGGACCAAGCCUGGCGACUGGCUGCAAGAAGCGGAUGGCGGCGGCCACGCCGCGGCCUUCCGGCGGAUCGCCUUGGACCAUGACAACUACCCAGACUUCUUGCAAUCCAUUUGCUUCCCGAAGUUGGAUGGUACUGUGCAGGCCGCGAGAGAAUUGCAAGCCGCGCAGUCUGUCAUGUUCCUCAAGGCCAAGAUGGAUACUGCAGGCUGGGUGCACAGUCGCGCAGAGGAGGAGAACUAUAGAGACUCCAUGCGCAUCAUGCAAGCGCUGAAGGACCGACACGGGGAGGACAUCGACUUCUUGGCGCCGGAUCAUGUUCCUACCGGGCCUGCGCAAGACAUCUUUGGGCCCGUGGAGGGUGGGGAAGCGGCCUUCGACAUGUUGACCAUCGAGAAUCCAUCCCCAGACGUUUUGAAGCAGAAGCGCUGCAUGGAAUACGUUCUUCGGUCUGUGCUGGAAGGGCCAUCUACCAAAGACAAGGGCAACAUGCAGCGGCUCAACUUGUUGGUCCACGGGCCCGGGCGGCUGCCCACAUGCUGCGACAAGGGCGUGGUGCUGGCCGCGCCAACAGGAGUUGCUGCCUUCAACAUCAACGGCGUGACCUUGCACUCCAGUCUGCUCUUGCCCGUCAUCAACCAGAGCUAUGGCAAGGCUUGCGACGUACCUUUGCCACGGGGGGAACAGCUUGCAGCCUUGCAGAGCUUCUGGAAGCACGUGGAUGUACUCAUGGUUGACGAAUUGAGUUUUGUGUCCUCGGACAUGCUGGAUCGCAUCGAUCAACAUUUACGUUUGGCCAGGGACAUGCCCUACAUGCCAUUUGGUGGCCUACAUGUUGUUUUCAUUGGCGAUCUAUACCAGCUGCCACCUCCAGGAGGUCUCCCGAUCUUUGCUUCCAAGCUAUGGCCACUCUUCGAGCUGUGUGAACUCGAGGGCAAUCAGCGGGCGGCGAGAGAUCCAGCCUGGGUCGCCUUGUUGGCUCGUGUGCGUGUGGGCCAAUGGACCCAAGAAGACAUCCAGACCUUGGAAAGCAUGGUCCUGAAGAAAUACGGGAACCGCAAGCCUGCAGCCGGCGCCGUCCACUUGUUCGCAACACGGAGAGCCGUGGCAGAUCGUAACCGGGCAUGCCUUCAAGAGUGCGUGGAAAGUGCCCACACAGAAAUGUUCGAGUGCCCUGCCGUGGACAUCUCGGUCAACACAUGCACCUUGCUGCCGCCAGAGAAGGCAUGGCCACUAUCAGAAGACACCGGUGGCCUGGAAGCUCUCUUGGGCCUGGCCGUGGACAUGCCCGUGAUGCUCCGCAAGAAUAUGGACGUACAAGAUGGCCUGGUGAACGGAGCUAGGGGCGUCGUGCAACACAUUGACGUCCACGAGAGCGGGGAGGUGCAGAAGAUCUGGGUCAAGUUUGAGAAGGAUGCGGGCAGCAGGUGGCAGCAUAACAAUCAAUGCGCCAGUGUGGCCAUUCAGCGGUGCACAGCUUCGUUUCAAGACAAGGACGGCGACAAGGCGGAAAGGCGUCAGUUCCCCUUGGUUUUAGCCAAGGCCGUCGCAAUCCACAAGAGUCAGGCUGCCACCUAUCACGAAGGCGUGCAUGCCCGGCUGGAUGCGUCGGUCAAACAGGAAGGGCAGGCAUAUGUGGCCCUGAGCAGGUCUCCCACCAAAGACCUCUGCACUUUGGAGCGCUUCGAUCCAAAGAGCCUGCGCUUCAACGCCAAUGCCGAAUGGGCCCUCUUGAAGUUGAAGGCCAAGCAAGCGCAGAGCACCGGCCCAAGGAAGCCAGCCUUGCAAGAGCUCUGGCAAGAAGUCAUCCGGCCGACUGAAGACGCCGCCUACUACCAGGGCAAAUUGGCCUGCACCACGCCACCGGAUUGGAAAGCAUAUGCCGAGGAGCAACGGCUUAAGGACUUGGAGGUGGAAGAGGGCAAGGCAGGCUCGCUGACUUGCCCCAAGUGUGGCUUUGUAGCAACAGACACGACGAACUACAAGAAGCACGACCGUGUAUGCCCAGCCAAGAACAAGAAGUCGCAGCGCCCCAAAGUGGCCGGGAAGGCGAAGGCCAAGCCAGUCAUGAAAGAUUCAAAGGCUGUUCCUAACAAGCAACCCGUCCACCAGCUUCAGCUUGCAAGCUCUGCUCCAUCAGAUGGCAACCCUCCUGUCGACAGCCCACCUCCAUUGCCUCCACCGGCACAUCCACCAGACGCCGAACAUGGAGCAGACAAUGUGGACGCAGAGUUGCCCUUCUUCCAGAAGCAACAAGAAGCGCGCUGUGGUAUGCAUGCGCUCAACAAUGCGCUGGGAGCGGCAGUGUUUGGGCCCGCGGACAUGGAAGCCGCCGCGGCUAGCUACAUGCAAGAGCUCGAGGGCAUUGAUGAAGAUCGGGCAGAACACAUCGGGCGAGGCGGUUGGUAUUCUGUGCAAGUCCUCUACACAGCCUUGUUUGCAGCUGGCUACACCCUUGAUUUCCACCACCCAGUGCACACCAUGGCCGAAGCACAGCUGUCCCCGGCCUUCAUCCAAAAUAUCGACAAUUGGCAUUGGGUGGCCUACCGCUGGGACGCACAUGGUGACUUGUACUUGCUGGAUUCGAUUGAGCGAGGGCCACGUCUGGUAACCAAGGAGGAGUUUGUUGAAUCCUGCGGGCAACGUUUCACCUAUGCAGUACAGAUGCCUGACCAGCCGUAAGUGCUUGGUCUUGGCUGCUUGUUUCACCUUGCCACAAACCAUCAAAUUCUCAAGCAUUAAGCAA